UGAAGGCAAGGAUGGCUCUGGUUUACCUUUGCCUCCUGCUGUUGCUGCUUCCCUCAGGGAUUUGUUCAGGUUGCCAACAUCCGCUCUGCCAAUGCUCAAACAGGAUGGCCUUCAUCUGCCAGGAGAACAAGGUGACCUCCGUGCCAAAGGACAUCCCCAGGAAUUCCACCGAACUGAUAUUUUUCCUCACCAAAAUAAGAAACGUCCCCAGAGGAGCCUUCUCAGGAUUUGACGAAGUCGAAAAAAUAGAAAUCUCUCAGAAUGAUGCCUUGGAAACUAUAGAAUCGGACUCAUUCUCCCACCUUCCCAAACUCUAUGAAAUAAGAAUCGAGAAAGCCAACAAUCUGGUGUAUAUUGAUAGAUAUGCCUUCCAGAAUCUUCCUGGUCUUAGAUACCUGCUGAUCUCCAACACUGCCAUCAGGUUUUUGCCUGCUGUUAACCAGGUACACUCUUUACAGAAAGUUGUGCUAAGGCUGAAUAAAAAUGGAAUUCGAGAGAUUGAAAAUCAUGCCUUCAAUGGAACCAUCUUGUCUGAACUAAAUCUGAGUGGUAAUUACCACCUCGAUAAGCUACCAAAUGAAGUUUUCCAAGGAGCCAAUGGACCAAGUUUUUUGGAUAUUUCAGAGACAAGGAUCAGUCGGCUCCCUACCAUUGGACUAGAGAGCAUUAGCAAACUGAGAGCAAGAUCUGCGUACAAUCUAAAAAAGCUACCUCCCUUGGACAAGUUUCGUGCUUUGAUUGAGGCCAACCUCACCUAUCCGAGCCAUUGCUGUGCCUUUGCAAACUGGACCAAACAAAAUUCAAUAUUGCACCCCCUAUGCAACAAAUCCUCCAUCAAACAAUAUCCUGAUGGGCUGUAUUUUGAGUUGGAUGAAGAUGAUUACUACCAAACCCUGUGUAAAGAAGAGGUUCAAGUGACUUGCUUCCCUGAGCCUGAUGCCUUCAAUCCAUGCGAAGACAUCAUGGGCUACAAUGUUCUCCGAGUCCUUAUCUGGUUCAUCAACAUCCUGGCGAUCAUGGGCAACCUCGUUGUUUUCAUCAUCUUAGUCAGCAGCCAGUAUAAGCUCACAGUCCCUCGAUUCCUCAUGUGCAAUCUCGCCUUUGCGGACCUCUGCACGGGCAUCUAUUUAUUGCUCAUUGCGAUCAAAGAUGUGCAGUCCCGAAGUCAGUAUUACAACUAUGCCAUAGACUGGCAAACAGGGGCUGGCUGCAAUACAGCCGGCUUCUUUACCGUCUUUGCCAGUGAACUGUCUAUAUAUACUCUGACUGUCAUCACAUUGGAGCGUUGGCACACCAUCACCUAUGCCAUGGAACUGGACCGCAAAGUCCGCUUCCGGCAUGCAGUGGUCAUUAUGCUUGUGGGAUGGGUCUUUGCCUUCACCAUAGCUCUCCUUCCCAUAUUUGAAGUCAGCAGCUACAUGAAAGUGAGUAUAUGCCUGCCCAUGGAUAUUGAAACUCCCCUUGCUCAGGCAUACAUCAUGUUUCUGUUGGUAUUAAACAUCUUGGCUUUCAUUGUCAUCUGCACCUGCUACAUCAGCAUCUACUUCACUGUGAGGAACCCUAAUGUCUUCUCAUCCAACAAUGACACCAAGAUUGCCAAACGUAUGGCUAUCCUGAUCUUCACAGACUUCCUCUGCAUGGCGCCCAUCUCUUUUUUUGCCAUAUCGGCAUCUCUCAAGGUUCCUCUCAUCACAGUCUCCAACUCAAAGAUCCUCCUUGUUUUGUUCUAUCCCAUCAACUCCUGUGCCAACCCAUUCCUCUAUGCGAUCUUCACCAAGACGUUCCGCAGGGAUUUCUUCAUUUUGCUGAGCAAGUUUGGCUGCUGUGAAAUGCAUGCUCAAAUCUACAGAACAGAAACUUCCUCCUCCGUUCCUACAUCUCAUUUGAGAAAUGGACAUUAUACACCUGCUCCUAAAACAAGUGAUGGGACCAUUUAUUCAUUAGUGCCUGUGAACCAUGCAAACUGA